UGAAGAGAUUUAUAAAUAAAGUGUUUGAAGAGUAGCUUGCUUCCUCCUGACUGCUUACAAUAAAAUGUGAAAGGAAAGAGAUGACUUAAAGAAGGAAUUGUUAAGCAAAGGGAACCAGAAUUUAAUGCUUUGGAAAAUUCUCAGCCUGUCCAUAUCCCAAAAAAUGAGCAAAUGUGUUUGGAAGAGAACACUAAAGGGUGUGGAUGGACUAUCAAAUGAUAAGAGAUUAUUGGAUUAUAGGAACAGAAACACUGCCUGUUUGUGCUGAAGGGGACUGAGAUGGGAAGAAAUGCUUUCAGAUGUUGAUUCUACAGGACAGGAUGAUAAAGCUACUUGGCUAUGAAUGUGCACUAUUCAAGAAAGGGGAAGAAUGAUCCCAAAAGCAAUUCAGAAAUCAUCAGGGCCAUCACCUUGGUUUCAACAGGACAGACAGGCUUCAUCUGAAGUCAUGUGGGCAGGACCCUUGCCUGGGCAGAGCUGCAAAGGCAGGACCACAACCCAGUGGAUCCAGAGGGCAGAGCAUCAAACUAAAGAGGAUUAUUCUGGAGCCUUAAGAUCUAAAGGGUCGAGUAGGCGUGGCACACAGCUGUGCUCAGUAAAUAAGUGAAUGAAUGAAGAGGCAUCAAGAGGGUGUUUCUGGCGCCACAAAUCUCGUCCGCGGCGCUAGGAGAAAAGAGAAACGCUCCCGCAGCCACUAGAGUCCGGUGGUGAGGUCCAAUAGCCCCGCCCCGCGAGCCUGAACCUUUUACAUCAUCAACUCGGCGCCAGCGCUGCGGAGGGCCCGGGGGCCUAUCCUGGGUGUGGCGCCACCUUGGGGAGGCCUUGGCGGACGCCUGCAAGUCAACUGCUUGGUUCGGGGGCGGCUCGGAAACCGCAGCUGACCGUGACGAGGGGCGCGUGGAGCCGUGGGGACACGAAGUCGGGCGGCAGGAGAGGCGGCCCGGAGCUCAGGCGGGGCACAGCGCCGGCAAGCGGGCGCCUGGCGGGGCUGCCCGGCGCGGGUGUCCCGGCGAUGUGUGGCGCUGAAGCGGCAGCGGGAGCAGCGGCGGCGGCGGCGGCGGGCUCGGCCUCGGUUUCGCGGCGGUGCCGGCGGCGGAGGCGGAGGCGCAGGCUCCUACUCAGGACCUGGCGAGCCCGGGCCUAAGCGGCGGCCCCGCGAGGCCCCAGCACAUCGCCCCGGAUCGGGGCCUUCCCCGCCUCGCCCUGCCCCGGGAGCCUGCCUCCCCGGCCGGGGAUGAGGCCGGGAGGCGGCCGCGCGGGGCCCAGCACAAAGGCUUGUUCCCGGGGGCCGCUGCCGCCGCCGCCCCCAGCCUAGAGCCGCCCGCCGAGGCCGAGCCGGCGCCGGGGCCGUCAUCCCCGCAGGUCCCCGGGGGCGGCUGCUGCCCGUCUCCCCGAGACCCAGGGCCCCGAGCGCUGAGCCCCUUGUUCCUUCGGCUGCGGCGGGAUCCGGCAGCUGCGCAGGCUCCGCUGCUCCCGGCCGUGCGGGCCCCGCGGAGCAUGUGGGAAGAGAGCGACAUGGAGAAAGCCAUCAAGGAAACCUCCAUUUUAGAGGAAUACAAUAUCAAUUGGACUCAGAAGCUGGGAGCUGGAAUUAGUGGUCCAGUUAGAGUCUGUGUGAAGAAAUCUACCCAAGAACGGUUUGCACUGAAAAUUCUUUUUGAUCGUCCAAAAGCUAGAAAUGAGGUACGUCUGCACAUGAUGUGUGCCACACACCCAAAUAUAGUUCAAAUCAUUGAAGUGUUUGCUAACAGUGUACAGUUUCCUCAUGAGUCCAGCCCCAGGGCUCGACUCUUAAUUGUAAUGGAGAUGAUGGAAGGGGGAGAGCUAUUUCACAGAAUCAGCCAGCACCGGCACUUUACAGAGAAGCAAGCCAGCCAAGUAACAAAGCAGAUAGCUUUGGCUCUACAGCACUGUCACUUGUUAAACAUCGCACACAGAGACCUCAAGCCUGAAAAUCUGCUCUUCAAGGAUAACUCUUUGGAUGCCCCAGUGAAGUUAUGUGACUUUGGAUUUGCCAAAAUUGACCAAGGUGACUUGAUGACACCUCAGUUCACCCCAUAUUAUGUAGCACCUCAGGUACUGGAGGCACAGAGAAGGCAUCAGAAGGAGAAAUCUGGCAUCAUACCUACCUCGCCAACACCCUACACUUAUAACAAGAGCUGUGACUUGUGGUCCCUAGGGGUGAUUAUCUACGUGAUGUUGUGCGGAUACCCUCCUUUUUACUCCAGACACCACAGCCGGACUAUCCCAAAGGAUAUGCGGAGAAAGAUCAUGACAGGCAGUUUUGAGUUCCCAGAGGAAGAGUGGAGCCAGAUCUCAGAGAUGGCCAAAGAUGUUGUGAGGAAGCUCUUGAAGGUCAAACCAGAGGAAAGACUUACCAUCGAGGGAGUGUUGGAUCACCCCUGGCUCAACUCAACUGAGGCCCUGGAUAAUGUGCUACCCUCUGCUCAACUGAUGAUGGAUAAGGCGGUGGUUGCAGGAAUCCAACAGGCCCAUGCAGAACAGUUGGCCAACAUGCGAAUCCAGGACCUGAAAGUCAGCCUCAAACCCCUGCACUCUGUGAACAACCCCAUUCUAAGGAAGAGGAAAUUACUCGGCACCAAGCCAAAGGAUGGUGUUUAUAUCCACGACCGUGAGAAUGGAGCCGAGGAUUCAAAUGUUGCCUUGGAAAAGCUCCGAGAUGUGAUUGCUCAGUGUAUUCUCCCCCAGGCUGGUAAAGGAGAGAAUGAAGAUGAAAAGCUGAAUGAAGUAGUUCAGGAAGCUUGGAAGUAUAACCGGGAAUGCAAACUCCUAAGAGACACUCUGCAAAGCUUCAGCUGGAAUGGUCGUGGAUUCACAGAUAAAGUAGAUCGACUAAAACUGGCAGAAAUUGUGAAGCAAGUGAUAGAAGAGCAAACCACAUCCCACGAAUCCCAAUAAUGACAGCUUCAGACUUUGUUUUUUAACAAGUUGAAAAUUUAUUCAUUAAUGUAUAAAGUAAUUUGUAUGUAAAUUAAUAAAUCAUAAUUUCAUUUCCACAUUGCUUAAAGAUGCUGUAUAAAUUUAGAUACAGGAUUUACUAAUAGUAUAGUUCAUUUGUUUUUAAGAAAAGCUCAGUUCCUAAUAUAUUAUUACUUUAGGAUUGUUUAGUCGUAUAUGGUAAAGCUGACAGAUGGUAUUGUCAAGCAAGAUUGUUUCAUUUGUAAUAAAGUAUACAAAAACCAUUUGCAGUGGUAGGCAAAGGACCAACUAUACUGGCCUUAGUAAACGUUGAAUC